AUGAUAAGAAUAUAAAAAUGUAUAGGAGAUGAAGAGAUUGAAUAAGAGAAAGAUAUAAACCUCUGGUUUGAAAGAAUGUACACAGAGAUAAGCACAAAAUAAUAAGAAACUAAAUCAAGAACUGAUAAAUAUAACGUUGGGAUUAAACCUAAAGCUAAAAACCAUAAAAUUUGCUUUAGAGAUGAAAUUAAUCCAGAAGCUGGAUUAGAAGAUGUUAAUUUAGUUGAAAAUUGGAAAGAAUUUAAUAUUAAAGAAAGGGAUCCUAUAGAUGAUUGUUUUUGUUAAAUCUCAUGA